GUCCAAUGGUAGGACCGAGCGCUGUAGCCCGCUCCGCGUCCCCGCCGCCGGAGGAGGUGCCCGCACGCUCGCGGCGCGCGCCGGCCCCACACGCUCGGCCUGUGGGCGAUUUCCUCCGGACCCAGGCUCCCGGGCCGAGGAGGAAGAAGAUGCAGACCUUCCUGAAAGGGAAGAGAGUUGGCUACUGGCUGAGCGAGAAGAAAGUCAAGAAGCUCAAUUUCCAGGCCUUCGCAGAGCUGUGCAGGAAGCGCGGGAUAGAGGUCGUGCAGCUGAACCUCAGCCGGCCAAUUGAGGAGCAGGGCCCCCUGGACGUCAUCAUCCACAAGCUGACUGAUGUCAUCCUCGAGGCUGAUCAGAAUGACAGCCAGUCUCUGGAAUUGGUGCACAGAUUCCAAGAGUACAUUGAUGCUCACCCUGAGACCAUCGUCUUGGACCCCCUCCCCGCCAUCAGGACCCUGUUAGACCGCUCCAAGUCCUACGAACUUAUCCGCAAGAUUGAGGCCUACAUGAAAGAUGACAGGAUCUGUUCACCGCCCUUCAUGGAGCUCACGAGCCUGUGUGGGGACGACACCAUGAGGCUGCUGGAGCAGAACGGCCUGGCCUUCCCCUUCAUUUGCAAAACCAGAGUGGCUCAUGGCACCAACUCUCAUGAGAUGGCCAUUGUAUUCAACCAGGAGGGCCUGAAUGCCAUCCAACCCCCCUGUGUGGUCCAGAACUUCAUCAACCACAAUGCUGUGCUCUACAAGGUGUUUGUGGUGGGCGAGUCCUACACAGUGGUCCAGAGGCCCUCACUCAAAAACUUCUCUGCGGGCACGUCAGGCUCCUCCCCAGGACCAUCUCUCAUGCCCCCCGUCUGGACUGGCUCUGGUCGGAGCAGCGGGAGGACUGUCGGGCACACCGGGGUGGCCAGGGGCCUCUGUGCCCCGCUAGCGGGAAGGAUGCCAGAUCGGGAGUCCAUCUUCUUCAACAGCCACAACGUGUCAAAGCCAGAGUCUUCAUCGGUCCUCACGGAGCUGGACAAGAUCGAGGGCGUGUUCGAACGGCCAAGUGAUGAGGUCAUCCGGGAACUGUCACGGGCUCUGCGGCAGGCGCUUGGAGUGUCACUUUUUGGAAUUGACAUCAUCAUUAAUAACCAGACUGGGCAGCAUGCUGUCAUUGAUGUCAAUGCCUUUCCAGGCUAUGAGGGUGUGAGCGAGUUCUUUACCGACCUUCUGAACCACAUUGCCACAGUCCUGCAAGGCCAGAGCACAGGCGGAGCUGCCACGGAGGAAGUGGCCCCGCUGAGGCACAACAGGCUUCUGGCGGACCAGGCCGGUAGCCUGGCUGGUGAGCGGACGUGCAGUGCCAGCCCUGACUGCUGCAGCAGCAUGAAGGGCCAGGACACCCCCUGGAAGACUGAGCCCGAAGCAGGCAACCUGGGUGCCGGCGCCUCUGCCAAGCUGCCGCAUCAGAGACUUGGCUGCACCACCGGUGUGUCCCCCAGCUUCCAGCAGCACUGCGUGGCCUCCCUGGCCACCAAGGCCUCCUCACAGUAGCCACAGAGCCCAGGACCCAGAGGGGCGGCGCAGAGCGUGGAACACACCCACUGGGCCAGCAGCUCCCAACGGGAAACACUACUAAGAAUUCCCGGUGAUCUGAUGCUUCUCUGUUUUAAUUUUUUACCUGAUUUUCUGAUGUUAUGAUCGGAAUGAUGGGGGGAGACGGAGCAGAACACCAGUGGUCCAGCCUUGAGGAUGCCGCCUAACUCCUGCUGUGCAGAUCUCCUCACUGAGUUUACACACGCGUGUGUUCUCAACACUAGGUCUGAAUGUGAAGUGGGGCGUGUGCAUGUUGUGUGUGUGGUUGUCAUGCAAGUGUAUGUAUGCAUGUCUGUCUGUCUUCAUGGCUGCUGUGGGCCAGCCUUCUGGGCACCCCGGAUGGAGGCCCAUGUCUGGCCAGGCUAUUUGCAGCUGAACAGGCAAAAGGACGAACGUUUUCCCUGUUCCUCCCCUCUCCACCUCUGCCCACACCCAGACCUCACUGUCCCUCUUUCCCCAGAUGUGGUCUCCUCCAAAGCUGGCAGUUGGGAGCUCUGUGCUGAGGCUCUGGGUUGUGGGAAGGGGAAAGAAGCUUCCUGUGGGCGGAGCCAAAGCCCCUUAGCUAUUGGCAGUCUUCACUGGCUCUGUGGAAUGCCCCAGGCCACCAUCCUCUCCACCCUGUCUAUUGCUCACUGGGACCCAGGAGGGAGGUCGCCUGGCUAGGAGUCCAGGGGUCUGUCAGGACCCAGGAUGUGUGCUGGGACUUUGAACAAAUCAUUCCAUGAGUCUUCGGGGUGGCUCCUGAGACAGAGAACUGAAGAGCUGACCUAGUGUUCUAGCCCACGAGGAUGCCUGCUGCUCUGUGCCAUCAUCUGGGUCCCGCCUUUUGGGUGAGAGGAGGCUGCCGAUAGGGCUGCUCCUGUACACGCACACCAGCCCCUCCUGGUACAGCCAGGCCCAGCGCAGUGUUCAUGGCAAGUCCCUUGCACCGAGCACCAGGCAGGCCCCCAAGGGAGCUGUGCCUCACUCCAGACUCGCUCUGUCCCCACAGCAGCUGGCAGACUACUCACUGGCCCCAAAGCCCACAGGAAAGGACGCCUGUGGAACCCUGGGUGAGCAGCCCAGGACCCCCAAGGGUGAUCUUGUGUCUUAAGAUAUCCGCUCACUUUGCGAAGAGAACUAGGCCUUUGGACUGUCCUUAGGUCCAAGAAGAUGGAGGACACUAGAGGAAGCACCCAGCAGCCCUAGGGAGGCUACUAAGUGGGACCACGGUGGGGCAUCCUUUGGGCAAGGAGGAGCUGGUUGGCUUUCUUGGAAACAGAACCCCAGGACUAACCACGUUUACAGGACCUGAGUGUUGAACCUGAUGAUGUCUGUAUGUCGCCUUCCCAGGCCUGCCCUGAAUUCAGGGGGUGGGAAGUGUGACCGGCUCUCGCACUGCUUUGUCUCCAGAAUAAACUACUGAGAUCAAACUACA